GCCAGCAUAAAGAUUAAAGCUGCUCCACGAGCUAGAGGGAGCCCCAGCUGAUGAAGUGUCAAGGCCCCAGCUGACAAAGCAUCAAGGCGAGUUAAGCGGCAGAGCGAAAAGAGGAUCUAAGCCCAGCCCGUGUUGUUGGUAAGAGACAGCCCUCAGCAUCAUCCAGGACAGAGUGGAGCAGCUUGGACUCCGCCUAACUGACUCGAAACUCCCUCCCUCUCCGCUCCCAUGCUAGCAGCAGCGACGGCGGCAGCAGCAGCAGCAACAGCAUCCGCCCUUCGCCUCCAGCCCUGACAGUGCACAGAGCCUGGGAGCUGUAAUCCUGCCGAGCUCGCUUGCUGCACGGUCCUUCCCUCCUCCCCCUUCUCGUCCCAGCCGUAGAGGAUGGACUGCAAGAGGCUGCGGGGCAUCAUCCCCGGGUCUUCCUAAGAACUGGCAAAAACAAAGGGAGCCACCUCGGUACUAACAAGCCCGGGCUGGCGGGGGGAUGCAAGCAACCAUGAACGGCUGGGUCUCCGCCUCCUCCUCCUCUUCCUCUCCCUCCGUUGUUGUUGCUGCUGCUGCUGCUGCUGCUUCCAGAGAGCUGCUGACUGCUGCUGAUGAUCAGAGGACUACUGUGUAAAAGGAGGAGGAGGAGGAAGAAGAGGAAGAAGAAGAGGAGGAGGCGGCGACGGCGGCGGCGAAAGCGAGGCGUGAUUAGGUUGUUGCAAUUGCCAAAAGGCACAAAGGUGUUGGAAAGGCAGGGGAUAAAAUGUCUUCUGCUGCUGCAUCGGUGGGGCCCCGCGGCCCUCGCCCACCCACAGUGCCUCCCCCCAUGCAGGAGCUGCCUGACCUGAGCCACCUGACCGAAGAGGAGAGGAACAUUAUUAUGGCUGUGAUGGACCGGCAGAAGGAAGAAGAAGAGAAGGAAGAGGCCAUACUCAAAAGAUUGCACCAACAAUUUGAAAGUUACAAAGAGCAAGUACGAAAAAUAGGUGAGGAAUCUCGUCGUUACCAAGGAGAGCAUAAGGAUGAUGCACCAACGUGUGGAAUCUGUCACAAAACUAAGUUUGCCGAUGGUUGUGGCCAUAUAUGUUCCUACUGCCGGACAAAGUUUUGUGCCAGAUGUGGAGGCCGUGUUUCCCUACGAUCAAACAAUGUUAUGUGGGUAUGCAACUUAUGCCGAAAGCAACAAGAGAUCCUAACGAAAUCUGGAGCUUGGUUUUUUGGAAGUGGUCCUCAACAGCCACCCAGUCAGGAUGGAACACUGAGUGAUACAGCUACUGGUGGCAGUUCAGAUGCACCUAGAGAAAAGAAAGCGAGGCUUCAAGAACGGUCAAGAUCUCAAACACCCCUAAGCACAGCAGCUGCCACUCCACAGGAAAUACCCUCUAGUGUGCAAACUGGCAGGAGGAAAGGCAUAGAGCUAUCCCAGCAAGCUAUGGGCCUGGAACAGAAGCAAACUUCAUCGAGGUCUAGAAGUGAACCCCCAAGAGAGAGGAAGAAGACAUCCACAGGGUCUGAACAGAAUGGAAAAGGAGAUCUAAAAGGUGAGCGCAGACGUGUGCCAAAAUCCUCACUUCAGCAGGGUGAAGGACAAACAGAGGAGAGGGAAUGUAAAGAAAGACGUGAUGUUAGAAGAUUAGAGAAAGGAAGGUCUCAGGACUAUUCAGACUUUCCGCGCAGUUUUGAGGAAGGCAAAACUAUAGAUGAUGAGAAGCAAAGGAAAGAAGAUGACUAUCACACUCGAUACAGGAGUGAUCCAAAUCUGGCAAGGUAUCCCGUAAAGCCGCAUCCCGAGGAGCAACAGAUGCGCAUGCACGCAAAAGUUUCAAAAGCACGGCAUGAAAGAAGACACAGUGAUGUUGCUUUGCCACAUACAGAAGUUGAGGAGCCUGAGGCACCUGAGAAUAACCUAGGAAGGAACUCACAGGUGCAAGUAACUCAGGACAUAAAAUCUCACCUGGAUACUCAAAGGGCAUAUGCAGUAGAAAGAACAGGUGAUGUAAGAAUGUCUGUUUCUAAAAAAAUAGCUAAUCAUAGCCCACCAACUCCCAGGCAUAGUGUGGUUCCUACAGAGCACUUAGAAUCCAAAAACCACGAUCCCAUUAAAACACAGAGUCGCCUAGAUCCUAGCUCUGCUAUUCUCAGUCGGAAAGCAAAGCGGGAGAAAAUGGAGACCAUGCUAAGGAAUGAUUCCCUUAGUUCUGACCAGUCAGAAUCAGUGCGACCGUCUCCUCCAAAGCCUCAUAGAUCGAAACGGGGUGGAAAGAAAAGACAAAUGUCAGUCAGCAGCUCUGAGGAAGAAGGAGCAUCAACACCUGAAUAUACCAGUUGUGAUGACGUGGAAAUAGAAAGUGAAAGUGUCAGUGAAAAAGGUGAUUUGGAUUAUUACUGGCUGGAUCCUGCCACGUGGCACAGUAGGGAGACCUCUCCUAUUAGCUCGCACCCUGUAACGUGGCAACCAUCUAAAGAGGGAGAUCGCCUAAUUGGUCGUGUUAUUCUCAACAAGAGAACAACUAUGCCAAAAGAGUCAGGUGCAUUACUGGGACUUAAAGUUGUAGGAGGAAAAAUGACUGAUUUAGGACGACUUGGUGCCUUUAUUACCAAAGUGAAGAAAGGUAGCUUGGCUGAUGUGGUGGGACAUCUAAGAGCAGGUGAUGAAGUUCUAGAAUGGAAUGGAAAACCACUUCCUGGAGCUACAAACGAAGAAGUUUACAACAUUAUUUUAGAAUCAAAAUCAGAACCUCAAGUGGAAAUUAUUGUUUCAAGGCCUAUUGGUGACAUACCAAGGAUUCCCGAGACUUCUCAUCCUCCACUAGAGUCUAGUUCCAGCUCAUUUGAAUCUCAAAAAAUGGAACGGCCAUCAAUUUCUGUUAUUUCCCCUACUAGUCCUGGAGCCCUAAAAGAUGCACCACAGGUCCUGCCUGGGCAGCUUUCUGUUAAACUUUGGUAUGACAAAGUGGGGCAUCAGUUAAUAGUGAAUGUUCUUCAAGCAACAGAUCUGCCACCUAGAAUAGAUGGACGACCAAGGAAUCCUUAUGUGAAAAUGUAUUUCCUUCCAGACAGAAGUGAUAAGAGUAAAAGGAGGACCAAAACAGUAAAGAAAAGCUUAGAACCAAAAUGGAACCAAACUUUUCUCUAUUCGCACGUGCACCGUAGAGAUUUUAGAGAACGAAUGUUAGAAAUCACAGUUUGGGAUCAGCCAAGAGUGCAAGAAGAAGAAAGCAAUUUUCUUGGAGAGAUCCUUAUAGAGCUAGAGACUGCACUUUUAGAUGAUGAACCACAUUGGUAUAAGCUGCAGACACAUGAUGAAUCCUCACUACCUCUGCCUCAGCCAUCACCUUUCAUGCCAAGGAGACAUGCCCAUGGUGGAGAAAACUCUAGCAAAAAAUUACAAAGAUCUCAGCGAAUCAGUGAUAGUGACAUCUCAGAUUAUGAUGUUGAUGAUGGUAUUGGAGUAGUUCCUUCAGUAGGCUAUAGGUCUAGCACUAGAGAAAGUAAAUCUACAACAUUAACUGUGCCAGAACAGCAAAGAACAACCCAUCAUCGUUCACGAUCUGUAUCUCCUCACCGUGGUGACGAUCAGGGCAGGACCCGUUCUCGUUUACCAUAUGUGCCAUUACAGAGGAGUUUAGAUGAAAUUCAUCAAAUGAGAAGAUCACGUUCUCCAACUAGACACCAUGAUGCCUCCCGAAGCCCGAUUGACCACAGGUCUAGAGAUAUGGAUAACCAGUAUUUGUCAGAUCAAGAAAGUGAGCUUCUUAUGCUGCCCAGGGCAAAACGAGGAAGAAGUGCAGAGUGCCUACAUACCCUACAUACCACCAGUGAACUGCAGCCCUCACUUGACAGGGCUAGGAGUGCUAGUACCAACUGCUUGAGGCCCGAUAUUAGUUUGCAUUCACCAGAACAAGAAAGAGGUAGAUGGUCCCCCUCACUAGAUAGGAGACGACCCACUAGUCCCCGGAUUCAUAUCCAACAUGCUUCUCCGGAGGAUGACAGAUCAACAACGAUGGAGUCUUGCAUUCCAAAACAAGACAGUUUAAACCACCUAAGUGCUAAUCCAGAAGAAACACAGAGGCAUUCCAGAAAGGUGGAAAGAUAUAGCACCCAAAAACAGACUAGGAAAGGCUCUACGUCUGAAACAGAAAGAAUGCACCAACCAGGAAGUCCAAUGCAGUCAUCUUCAGCAGAUACACCCUUCAGCAGCCGUAGGGGGAGACAGCUUCCACAAGUUCCUAUCAGGAGUGGCAGUAUAGAGCAAGAACAAGAGAAUUAUAGUUCAUCAUCAAAAGCAAAUGUAGUAGUGGAGGAGCGAACAAGACAGAUGAAAAUGAAAAUGCACCGUUAUAAUCAGACAACAGAGUCUGGUUCUAGUCAAGAACUGGAACGUGAGCAAUAUACCAAGUAUAACAUACAAACAGAUCAGUACAGAAGUUGUGAUAACGUCUCUGCCAAAUCAUCAGAUAGUGAUGUCAGUGAUGUGUCAGCCAUUUCCCGUACCAGCAGUGCCUCACGCCUCAGCAGCACAAGCUUCAUGUCAGAGCAAUCAGAGCGCCCUAGGGGCAGAAUCAGUACGUUUACUCCUAAAAUGCAAGGCAGACGGAUGGGGCCUUCAGGGAGAACCAUCACAAAGAGCACAAGUGUGAGUGGAGAGGUGUAUAAACUGGAACAUAAUGAUGGGAGUCAAUCAGACACUGCAGUUGGUACGGUUGGAACAGGUGGGAAGAAAAGACGAUCAAGCCUUAGUGCCAAAGUAGUUGCCAUGGUAUCUCGAAGAAGCAGAAGCACAUCCCAGCUUAGCCAAACAGAGACGGGCAACAAGAAGCUAAAAAGCACGAUACAGAGAAGCACAGAAACGGGUAUGGCAGCAGAAAUGAGAAGCCGUAUGGCCCGUCAGCCAAGUCGGGAAUCGACCGAUGGCAGCAUCAACAGUUACAGCUCAGAAGGAAACCUAAUAUUUCCUGGAGUCCGACUGGGUGCUGACAGUCAAUUCAGUGAUUUCCUUGAUGGACUGGGACCAGCUCAGCUAGUAGGUAGACAGACCUUAGCAACCCCUGCCAUGGGUGAUAUUCAGAUUGGAAUGGUGGAUAAGAAAGGCCAAUUAGAAGUAGAAGUUAUUAGAGCCCGAGGCCUAAUACAAAAGCCUGGUUCUAAAUCUACCCCAGCUCCAUAUGUCAAAGUUUAUCUGUUGGAAAAUGGGGCUUGUGUAGCCAAGAAGAAGACAAGGAUUGCAAGGAAAACCCUUGAUCCUUUAUACCAACAGACACUGGUUUUUGAUGAAAGUCCACAUGGUAAAGUCCUUCAGGUAAUAGUCUGGGGAGACUAUGGCCGAAUGGAUCACAAAUGUUUCAUGGGAGUAGCACAGAUCCUGCUGGAAGAACUUGAUUUGUCCAGUGUGGUAAUAGGCUGGUAUAAAUUAUUUCCACCUUCUUCUCUGGUGGAUCCAACCUUGACUCCUCUGACUCGCAGGGCUUCCCAAUCGUCUCUGGAAAGCUCAACUGGGCCUCCCUGCAUUCGAUCUUAGUGAACACAACAGCAGGUGCUCUCCAACAAAGUCAUCAUCGCCCAGGAUAACCAAUGAGGGGAAAAAGCUAUUUACAACAAUGAGGAGCAUUUUUUUUUAAAAAAGAGACAAUCAUCACUUAAGUUUUGCCUGUAGUAGAUUAUCCAAAACAAUGUCUGUUUGUUAAAAGGUUGGCUUCAAUUUACCAAACAAAGCAAUGUAUGAAAAUACAGGCAAUCCAUCUAGCAAAAUGUCCCUGAUGCUUUUGAUAAUCGUAACGAGGAGGAACCUUUAAGAUUAAACUAGAACCGCUCAUUCUUUCCAUGAUCCCCCUUCCCAUUUUUUUUCAUGGAGACCACAAACAGUGUUAACUCCCUCGUGUUUCUGUAUGUUAUUUCCACUUGAUUUUUACUGUGUUAUUAUCCUGCAAGUUUUGUAAAAGUCUUAAUGAUGCUAACAGAGACCCUUCCUUUCUUUUUCUAAACUAAAACCAAAAAGGGCUGAAGUACAUCUCUGUAAGCAUCUCUAAAAGUGUUCAUCUUCCAGAGUUAUCAUAUGAUGCCAACAACAGUCCCAAUAUUCCUCCAUUCUGGUUGUCCAUAAUCUUAACAUAUGUGGAAAACCAGAAUAAAAUGAGCAACUUUUAGUUCAGUUUAUUAUUAUUAUCAUCAUCAUCAUUAUCAUAAUUUUUCUUUGUAAGAAAAAAUGAAUAUAUUUACAUUAUAUAUCAUGAUUUUUGUAUGUUUCAUUAAGACUUUGCAUGAAGGAAAUUUGCAUCUGCAACUAUUGCUGGAGACUUGAUAAAAAAAGUAGCUUUGCUUUUCAUUUUUACAUUAGCAAUUCCGUUUGUAAAGCGGUUGUCUUAUUGGGCCCGAUGAGGAAAGUCUUUAUGUUCAUGUGUAUAACUGUAUAAUUGGCUGCCCAAAUGUUGACCAGGAAUGGAGUUGAGCAUUUGAUGCUUUUCAGCUGUAUCCAGGCUUCUCUGAUACAUGUGUCACUUUUGAUACACUUGUCUGCCCUGGUUAGAGCAUGGUAUGAGUUUAGUUUUUCCACUGGAAAUUCCAGUUGAAAUACUCUGCACUUAAAAUUUUAUCCAAUUUCAGUUUACAUUUCUUUGAGAUUGAUGCAAGCACAAAGCUUGACUUUUUUUAACAAAUGUAAUCUUACUUUUAGGGGUUUUGCAGGGGAGGUACAGUAAAAAAAACACAACAACCUUGCAUUGUGUUCCAUUUAGGUUCUUUCUUGGCCUUGAAACCUUGUGUUUUUCUGUAAAAUGUGCUAAAAGCUGCAGGAUGUGCAGGUGCAUUGAGAAGUUCUCUUCUUUUUGGGCCAUUGAUUUUGUGUUCUCACAAAAUAGAGCAGCAUGACUUGGAAUUGUUCAAAGCUGCAUGCACGCUUUUUAAAAAAAAUAGAAAAAGAAAAGAAAAAACAAAAAAGGAAAAAAGUGAGAAAAAACAAACAAAAGAGAUUAUUUAAAGUGUAUGUUAGUUCCACAUAGAUCAUGUGUGUUGCAUGUACUUGUACAGUUUGCUUGUAAUUACUCUAAUGAAGUAACCAAGAAAUCUAAGCCAUCCAUUUUUUCUUAUAGACAUUUUGCAGGUUUUAGCCAGGCUGUCUGUCAGUCUGGUGCUAAAUGUCUAUAGAUGGACUUUAUUUUUUACCCUAUGGAAAACGUGACGUAGUACGGACCAAAUUCCUUCUAAUAAAUACUUUGGUGUAGAUUCCUACUGUGGGGCUGUAACACAUGUAGAAACUGUGUACGCAAUUAGGUUUUCUUUCAUAGACAUAACUGCCUGCACCAAGUGAACUAUUUAUUAUUAUUAUGAAUAUUUAACAUUGCCAGAACUAUUCUGCCCAUGUUUCCAUGGAGCAUAGAUUGAUCACUGCUCGACCUGCUGAGCAGGAAGAACUGAAGCAUUGGUUCACUACUAGAUUCUGUUCCGUCUUUUAGUGGCCAAAUAAAUAAAUGAACUAAUUAUAAUUCGGUAGUACCUUUCUAGUUUGACCACUUGUCUUAACAUUCCUCUGUGCUUUUAAAUGAACUUCCAACUCAUGUUAUG